AUGCAUAUUUCUGCUCUCUGUGCUCUUAUCAGCCUGGUUGGCCCCUCGGCAGCCCAUGGUGUCGUCACCCUCAUCCGUGGAGCCAAUGGCGUUGAUAUGCCAGGCCUUUCAAUCAUUGACGGUACUCCCCGCACUUGUUCCACAAACCGCUGCGGCUCUCAGGCUGACACAGCCAUCAUCCGUGACCGUGAGAUCCGUUCCGGCCGGGUCGGCCCUCUCGGCCGCACGCAAGGUAGUGGGCCGGUUGAUGCUGCGGUCAUGAUCGCCCGAUUUAUGGGCACCAGCACCGGUGCUACGACCUUACGGACCAACACUUCGCUCGAGUUUGACGAUCCCGCGGAGGAUCCCAUCGACGUGUCAAGGCUGAGCAGGCUUGCUGAUGCGGGUCGUGAAAGAGGUGGGAGGAAUAAUCAGAAGCGUGGGAUGUUGAUGGUUGCAAGGCAGUUCCUGAGCAGGUUGCGUGAGGGUCUUGGCCGCGGUGGGACUGCGAGUACCGAGGAGGUGGAGAGGAAUGUUGCUGCUCUGGCUGGGCUUGGCGCUACAGCCGGGUUGCCUACUUGUGCGGAUGAUGGCACGAUUGAGAUGGUGUUUCAUCAGGUCAACCAAGAUGGUGCUGGUCCCUUGGAAGCCAUGGUUGAUGGCACUUCAGGUGGCACCGACCUUGCUGCCUUCAAGCCCGCUCGUGUUAUCCAGGACGUUCCCGGGUUUGGCUUCCAGGGCCUCAGCCUGGCCACCAGCAGGGACUUCCCCUUGCGUGUUCAGAUGCCAGAGGGUAUGACUUGUGAUGCUACAGUUGCUGGCGUCUCUAAUGUAUGCAUCGUUCGCGUCCGCAAUAAUGCUGCGGCUGGUCCUUUUGGUGGCAGUGCCGCCUUUACGCAGAGCCCUGCCGCCAGGAAGCGGGCUAUUGAGUACCGAAUGAAGAUGAGGAGAGCCGUUGAGUUCAAGGCCUGA